UGUGUAUUAUUGUAAGUUAGAGGUUGAACUCACGUUGUACUGUAUGUUUCUUGAACUUUUUACCGUUCUUUAUUAUGGGGUGCGACAGAAGGUGUACGUUCAUGUUGUGGAAUAUUUAUAUUGGAUUUUGUAGAUUUUUUGGACUGAUAACAGCCUUGGGUCUGUGGGGAGUAGGGGUGGAGGCAGCAUUCUAUGGACAUUAUCUGGGAUUCUACAUGAUUAUUGUAGCCAUCCUGGUGACAUUCCUAGAGUCUGUGUUUGCCAUCAACAUGUGUGUCCUAGUAUGUGUAGGUAAUGAUGACUCCACAUCACUCUGUCAGAGACUCUGGGAUGCAGUGUUAUGGAUAGAUAAUUGGAAGAAGGGCAUCCUUUACUUCUGUUUUUCAAUACCCUGCUUCAUCCAGCCCCAUACAGUAUGGAUGGGUAUCAUAACAGGUGUCAUGCUUAUAUUUAGUAGUGUAUUUUAUGGAUUAAAAUCAUGUUACAAUGAAGAACAGUCAUUAGAAAAAGUAUCCCAUAAUGCAACUUAUGACAGAUUUGAUGAUAUACAAGAAGAUAUAGAGGAUAGUAUAUUGAAUCCCCCUGAGGGGGGGCCAGGGGUCCUGUCCCUGGCCGAUCAGCAGGAGAUUCUGGAGGUUUGAUGUCGGCCGUCUCCAUCAGUAGUAUAGUGCUUCAUCUGUGUUGUCCCACAACAGUGCUCAUUAGAAUCCUUUGUUGUGUGUGAGAGUGUGGUG